AUGUCACGGCAAUAUCUUUACCCACACCUCAAUUAUAUUCCUAACUGGGCCAGCGAGCCAGGAUUACUCCGGGGCUUUUUCCACGAGGAAAUCGUCCAAAUACUGGAAAAUAUAAGCACGGGCAUUCCACCUGAAGGAUGGGUGGACGAUGGGAUUGUACCUAUGAUGACCACCCUGCAGAGGGUUGAGUACGUCCUCAGCGCCGCUAACCGCACGAUUUGGGUUCUGGGAGAAGAGGAUACCAUGGCUGAUUUCAACGCAUCUUUUUAUGAGCUGCUUGCUCCCGAAAUCCAACGAGAAGAAUUAUACGCUGAAGCCAUAGAUCGCCGACUGGACUCUCUCGACACUCUUGUCGCCAUGAUGUGCAGUACCAGAGGUGACGCAACGAGAAUGCUGAAGCAUUUCACCUUGUCAACGGUUGCGUACCUGAUGAACUUUUCCGCCCGAACUACAGUCGCCAGACAAAAGUCAGAGUCUCAAAGAUUACUAUUGGAGUUGACCAACGAGAAUCGAGGACCGGAGAGGCAAGGCCCUAUGGCGAGGGCCAGGAACGCUCUUUGGGAGUUUCUUGGAAGAUGGCUUGGCUGGUGA